AUGUCGGUGCUGCUGCUCAAGGCAGCGGACGAAGAGUAUCGACGUGCUCUGGAGCAAUGUGCCAGCUCCAAUGAGUCCCGACAGGGAUUGUUGAAAGCGUAUUUUGCUCAAGUAUUGACCUUUGAGUACGUCAAUACACCGCAGCUUGUUGACAUUUUGACCCACUUGGAUCGCUACAGUGGCAUUUUAGUCACAAGUCCUCGCAGUGCGAUCGCUGUAACAAACGCCGUCAAUGGACUGAACGCCGAGCAGAAGCAGCUUGUGCUGAAGCAUCUAGACUCGACUCCUGUACUUUCUGUUGGCAAUUCCACGUCAAGAGAGCUGCUGCCUAUUGGAGUGGUCUGCAAAGGCGACGACGCCGGUUCAGCAGCUAAGCUGGCCGAGUAUUUGCACCAGGAUGGCGCUCUUCCAGCCGCUUGUAAAGAGAGACCGAUGGUUUUUCUAUGCGGGAACAAACGCCGUGAUGCUCUGCCCGAUAGUUUUCGAUCGCGAGGUCUUCCGCUUCAAGAGUUAGUCGUGUACCAGACUUGUGCCGUGUCGAACGUCGAGUUCCCGGUCGAGUGCCGAGUGCCACAAUGGCUAGUGUUCUUUAGUCCAAGUGGACUGGAAGGGGUAAAACACUUGCCUCUGCCUUGGGAAUCGAUUCGCAAGGCGGCGAUUGGCAAGACAACUGCCGCUGCCCUGCACGAGUAUGCCGUGGCGACUCAGCAGCCGUUCUGGGAAGCAGACGUGACGGCGCCUAAGCCUACGCCUGAGUCGCUUGCAAAUGCUAUUCGCACCUUCGAAUGCGAGCACAAGUCGUGA